AUGUUGGUCACAUUUGCUUACCACGCACCAAAAAGUGGUGCAACAAAACGCGCAUUUUCGGUAAACACGUCGACCUGGGCACUUUGGGCAACACGAGGGGUGGCAGGAUCUAUGAGGAGGGAGGAGACAAAGUGUAAGAAGCCUCUGGCUGGUACUCAGUUGCCAGCUAUAGUUCAGCCUAAUCCUUUUGAGCCUUCUCAACCCCAGCGGCAGUGUCCCACUGCUGUUGGCCUGGGACCAGGCAGUUGGCAGCACCCUUUUCGGUACUGUUUAACCAACACCAGCUUGACAGUCCACAGGCCGGCUCUGGCGCUUAGCAAUGCUAGGUGCCGGAGUCCGACAACUUGUGACUCUCUAACCGGACAACGGGUCGGGGUUCACACCCCCAACCCGCUGACCAGCGAGAACCGGUUGCAACCCGCAACCGGCACUGACUUGGAAAACGUGGAUUGCUAG